AUGAGCCUGCGCUGGAAGAAGUUGUCUGCGACCACAUCCGCCGUGCCCGUGCGGCGGGGCGCCAAGACGCUCCAGGCUCGUCCGUGCGCGAGCGCGUCCACUGUGCCCAAGCUACCCAAGCUGCCCGACCUCAACAGCCGCGCUGCCGGACGCUCGCCGUCCGAGGCCGGCGAGGUGGACCAUCUGCCGGUGUCGCUCGACGCGCACGUGACGCACAAGAUCCAGGAGUUCCUGCGGCGCCUGGUCGGCGGCUUCCACGGACCCGAGGUGGAGGCCUUCGUGUCCAUCGACACCCCUCCCUCCCGCACGCUGAAUCUGAUCGAGGCUUGGCUCUUCGGGCCGGAGGCCGAGAAGGGGGUGGCGAAGCAGGGCGAGAUGAGCGAGUACAAGGCAGGCGACAAGCAGUGGGAGCCGUGGUACUUUGUCCUGCGCGGCUCGUCGCUCCUCAAGUACCGCUCGGCCAGGCAGGAGAACGACCCGGCGAGCGUGUACGAGCUGGGCACCGCCGCCACCGCCAGGGCGGCGACCGAGCACCAGCCCGCCGGCGGCGGAGUGGAGGGCAGCGACGGCGAGCAACACGCGCUUGAGCUGGAGUACAACGGCAAGACGCGGCGCCUGGCCUGCGCCUCCAGGCAACAAGCUGACCAGUGGAUCGACGCCUUCAACCAACUCAACGCCAGCGACACCACCAGCAGUAGCAUCAGCAGCAGCAGCAACGACAACAGGAAGAGGAGGAAUGUGGUGUUUGGGGUGGAGCUGCCGCGGGUGACGCACGUUAAGAACGAUCCCUGGUGGCGUCUUAGCGGUCCCAAGCCCGGCCAGGGGGCGUCCUUCAUUGCGUGCGGCGCCGCGCAGUACGUGGACGAGCUCGCCGGCUUCCUCCUGGCCGCCGGCAAGGAAAAAGAAGGCCUGUUCGACCAGUUGCCCACGACGGAGCUGGUGCGGCAGGUGCGGGAGGGCGAGAGCGUGGACUAUGGCGCCUACCAGCGGACCCCGGAGAAAGUGGCUGGCCUCCUGCUGGUGUUCCUCCACCAGCUGCCCGCGCCGCUCAUCCCCUUCGAAUUCUACGACUCCUUCGUGGCCGCCUUCAGCAUACAGGAGGAGAAGAAGCGGAAGAAGCUGGUGAAGGCGCUGCUGUCGCUGCUGCCUUCGCUCAAUCUGAAGGUGCUCCGGCUGGUGGUGGGCUUCCUCGCCCACUUCCUCGCCACCCUGCCCAAGAACAGCGGGAGCUCCAUCACAUCGGCGUUCGCGGGUGUGAUCCUGAGACCGCUUUGCUACGGCGAUGUGGCCCGCUACGCGGCCGCAGCCACGCCCCGCCUUCUCGACCUACUGGUGGCCUGCCGACACAAGUUUUGGAACUAUGAAGAGGGCUUUGGCGAAGGAGAAGCCAAGCCCUCGAGAGCCGAGGGGAGCUUCGCGCGGACCAAGAGCGCAGCGGAGAUCAGGACCCACGCCAAGCUGGCCGAGAGCAGGGUCAGCAAGUUCGAGCCCAAGGCCCAGGCCCAGGCCACGGUGGUCCCAGUGAUCAAGUUCGAUGAGGCGGACCCCGAGACGGAGAGCUGCAGGGCGGCCAGAAGCGGCACCCUGGACCUCUUUGCCCAGAUGGCCCAGGGCGCCGCGACCAUGCAGAAGAGCGCCACCGCCAAGCGCCGAGAACGCAGGAAGCGGUCCCUCACCUUCCACAAGGAGGGUUCGGCCUCGAUUGUGACCGCAUCGGCAGCUCCGUCGCCGAGCGUCGCGGUCUCGUCUACGCCGGCCAUACGAAGGCUCACGAAGAGCAACACGGUCGACAGCCUCGAGUGGAAGAAGCCGGCGGCGGCGGACACGAGCGACAAAUGCGGGCCUGAGGGCGAGGCAGCCGGGCCGAAGGCCACCGCCACCUUGGGCACUGCGGCCAAGCGCAGGGAGCGCCGCAAGCGCAGCCUGACCCGAGAGCAGCUGCAGUCGACGCCGCCGGCGACGUCGGGCGAGCAAUCGGCGAGCCAGCUGUUUGUGGGCGCGGUGCACAAGGUGAAGGCCGGCAUGACAAUGAACGCGCGGCUGGCCGAGAUCUCACGCCUCAAGCAGCAGCGCAUGGGCCUCGACAACGUUGUCAAGGCGAACGACGCCCCGGCGCCGGAGCCGAACAAGUCGUACCGCAACCUAGGCGGUGGCAGCGCGAUCGGGCCGCGUCGCCCGAAACACAAUGACGAAGACGACGAUGACGAAGAAAAGGAGGAGAAGAAGAACGCCGAGUGCGAGGAGGUGCCAGAGUCUCCCAGGCCGCGCAGUCCCUUCCUGAGGGAGCUCCAAAUGAACACGCUGGCCAAGAACUACCGGGCCAAGUGCUUGGAAGUCGACGUGGUGGGCGAGGAGCGGGAGAAGAUGGGCUUCGACCCGAGCCAGCAGGCAGAGCAAAUGGGCGCCCUUAGGUCCUGGGUUAACCCCGCUUCCCCCACACCCAGCUAG